AGGAGGCAGAAAUCAGAUCCCUACACAAACUACCACCGGAUAGAGAAAUAGAUAGGUGCUAGCUGCUUCUAAAAACAGUAUAUACGUAUGGCGGUUGUGUCCACGUCACUCACCGGAACCGGAUCUCAACUCUCCGGCCACUUUUCCGGCCAGCGCAAGUCAUUUCUCAAUCUUGACAACUCCAACUCAACUCACUCUUUCUUCCAAAAUGUGGAUUCUCACCUCCGCCUUUCGUCUUCUCGGAAAGGCUGCCGUGGCGUUGUCACCAUGGCUGGCUCCGGCAAGUUCUUUGUUGGUGGAAACUGGAAGUGUAAUGGAACAAAAGACUCCAUAAGCAAGCUUGUGUCUGACUUGAACAGUGCAACGUUGGAGUCUGAUGUUGAUGUCAUUGUGGCGCCUCCUUUUGUAUACCUUGACCAAGUGAAGAACACACUAAUUGAGCGGAUAGAGAUAGCUGCCCAGAAUUGUUGGACUGGAAAAAGUGGUGCUUUUACUGGAGAGAUCAGUGUGGAACAACUAAAAGAUCUUGGAUGCAAGUGGGUUAUUCUUGGGCACUCUGAACGGAGACAUAUACUUGGAGAAAAUAAUGAAUUUAUUGGAAAGAAGGCUGCGUAUGCCUUGAGCCAGAAUCUUGGAGUAAUAGCUUGCAUCGGAGAACUGUUAGAAGAAAGGGAAGCUGGAAAAACUUUUGAUAUCUGUUUUCAGCAAAUGAAGGCUUUUGCGGAUGCUGUGCCAAGUUGGGAUGACAUUGUCAUUGCAUACGAGCCAGUAUGGGCUAUUGGAACUGGUAAAGUGGCCACACCAGAGCAAGCUCAAGAAGUGCAUGUAGCUGUUCGCGAUUGGCUUAGUAAGAAUGUUACUGCAGAAGUUGCAUCUAAAACACGUAUUAUUUAUGGAGGUUCGGUCAAUGGAGGUAACUGUGCAGAGCUUGCAAAAAAAGAAGAUAUUGAUGGAUUUCUCGUGGGUGGUGCUUCCUUAAAGGGCCCUGAGUUUGCCACCAUUAUUAAUUCUGUGACUUCCAAGAAGGUUGCUGCAUGAUUAUUUAGUUGACACACAAAAUGGCUCUGAGUACCUAGCAAACCAACAUAACACACACAGUGAGCUGUUUCUGUUUUGGGGGUAUUUUCUCCCAACUUUUCAUCCAUAAAUAUGCUAAGCAUUGGUUCAUUUUGCUUGGCAUAGCAAAUAAUUUGUAUUGGAACAUAAGAGUUUACGCCAUAUGUUGUUUUCUCGUGGAACUUUCAUAUUAUAGUUUGACAACUAGCAAUUUUGAAAUUGCAUAAGGG